UGUUGUAGUUUAUAAUUUUGUAAGUAACGUAACCUGCAGAUGAAUUCAAAAUACUCUCAUUUUUUAUAUUUAUCUAAUUAUGAGUGACAAAUAUUAUUCGAUCAUCUAUCGAUAGAUACGUAAUUUAAAUAUCAGGUUUUAGUUGAUAAUUGAUAUCUAAAUUUAUAUUAAAUGAAGAAAAACAUUAAUCUUUGAAUUCGUAUCCUGACAUCUUAUGUACGAUAAUACAUAUCGAGGAAAGGGACUGCGUAUAAACCACCCCUUUCAGUCUGAAAUAAGCGCCGCCCUCCAGUCAAAGAGGAAAUCCCCUCUAUACUUGGAAUAUGGUGGAGGUACUGGAUCCCUCCGAUGGAGGAGACUCGCGAUUAAGUGGUGAACUACCGUGGACUGUUGUGUUUCGUUGCCCAACUAGAAAACCAGGACUUACAAACGACCUACCUACGUUCUCAUUUUUCCGACAGACAAUUGAAAAAAGAAAGAGAUUCAACACUAACUUUACUUCUAGAAUUACAUCUAGAAAUAUCACUAUUUUGCCAUGUCCUAUCGCGGAUUUGUGAUAAACGAAUUUCAAUAAUCUAUCGCGUAAUCGAAGUCUUCUUUUUGUGGAAGAAAAAUUAUAAAGUGCUACACAUAAAAUGCAAAGACUCACGCGAGAUCUGAAUAAAUUACGUACAAAGUGAUUUAACAUUUAUUUUAUUUGUAGAUUAGGUGUCAUAACUUUAUUUAAUUAACUUUUCGUGACAUUAAUUAUGUAGCGAUGAAGUGUCGUUUUAAUCUGACGACCCAGACAAUUUUUCGAGAGUGAUCCAGAAUUAUUAAAAUAUUUUCGUCAUUAUGGAAUUUUCGUGGGCACUUCAGCAUCAAUCUAAUGAUCAAAAUGGACGAAAUCAUCCGAACGAUCAUCACGAAGAUGCUAAUAUUAUCAACCAAGUUAGCGCUCGUCGAUUACUUAGCGUGGCAGGUCGUGGCGAUUUCGUCGGGGGGAUAGACAACGAAGCUUUGGAUUUUUCACAGUUGGAGGACUUUAUCAAUAGUGACAGUGAACAACCUGCGACAUAUUUCGCGGAUACCCUUGCCCACAACGAAAAUGGAGGUGGAGUGGUGUCUCACGGUGGCCGGAUCGAAACACCCACGUCGCAGCCGGUCACCCAACAGCAGCCAUCACCGCGUCUACCUUCGCCGCAGAUGACGCAGGCUCAUCCAGUUUCGAUAGCGUGCGCUUCCGGUACCACGGCGGUGUCCAAUAAUGGCGGCUACAAAGAUCCGCAGACGUAUGUUCACCCACACGCGCUACCAGAAAGCCCACCGGAUAGCGGAAGUGAGCCACCGUACUCACCGCCUGGACAUAAUGACACUCAACACGUACAUUCGCCACAUCAAAAAGCAGCUCUGCAAGAAAUACUUUUGCAUCAUCAGAACAAUCAGUACUCUCCUAAUUUGCUACCACCUUCUCCAAGAACGUUACCUGCGACAACAACGGAUCCUUUAUUGUUAACACCAGUUCUAACAUCUCAUCUUACAUCUGGAACAUCGAACCUUUCAACGCAGCCUCAGAUAGGGCCACCUUUGGUGCCGUUAUCGCAUGAACAUAGUUCAGCUGGCAUUAAUACGCUAUAUUCCUCUCUGCAAUCAGCUCCAAAAAAGAGAAAACUUAGCCAAGAUGGCCUUAUACAUGUCAAACAGGAACCCGAACUAGGCACCAUGGAACACAGUUGUAGCAGCAGUAGCGCAGUGCUGGACAACGACGAAGUCACUGACAACAAUUACAUCGAUGCUAGUUACCAGUGUAUUCGGUUCCAUCCUUUUCAGCAAACAUCUUGGCACGUUCUUUGCGACCAUAAUCUUAAAGAAUUACCGGUACCACAUUACAGAGUCGAUGCUGACAAAGGAUUUAAUUUUAGCAAUUCGGAUGAUGCGUUUGUUUGUCAAAAGAAGAAUCAUUUUCAGAUAACAUGUCAUGCACAGCUUCAAGGGGAGGCCGUAUUUGUUAGGACUGGCGAAGGUCUAAAAAAAAUAAGCGGUUUUCAAUUACAUUUCUAUGGAGUUAAAGUGGAAUCUCCAUCGCAAACGAUUAGAGUCGAGCAAAGUCAGAGCGACAGAAGCAAGAAGCCAUUUCAUCCUGUAACAAUCGAAUUAGGCGGCGAACGCGUUACAAAAGUGACAGUCGGCCGGUUGCACUUUAGCGAAACUACGAGCAAUAAUAUGCGUAAAAAGGGAAAACCAAAUCCGGAUCAGAGGUAUUUCCAUUUGGUUGUCGGAUUACAUGCGCAUACCGCGGAUCAAGCCAGUUAUCAAGUAGUGGCUCACGCAUCGGAACGUAUAAUUGUCAGAGCGAGUAAUCCAGGACAGUUUGAAUCAGAAGGCACUGGCGUGGGUGCUGAAGGUGGAUGGCAGAGAGGAGCAGCUCCAGAUAGCGUAUAUCAUGCUGGCAGGGUUGGAAUUAAUACGGAUAGACCGGAUGAAGCUCUUGUUGUACAUGGCAACAUGAAGGUAACUGGGCAUAUCGUUCAACCCAGCGACGUAAGAGCAAAGCAAAGCGUUCAAGAAGUGGAUACACGUGAACAACUACGGAACGUACAACAAUUACGCGUUGUUCGUUAUCGAUACGCUCCGGAAUUCGCGCAACAUUCGGGUCUAGAUAUCAAGCAGGAAGAUACCGGUGUUAUAGCGCAAGAGGUUCAGCAAAUUCUACCAGAAGCGGUGCUACCGGCAGGCGAUAUAGUUCUGCCAAAUGGUCAGAGAAUUGAAAAUUUCUUAGUGGUAAAUAAGGAGAGAAUAUUUAUGGAGAAUGUUGGUGCUGUUAAGGAAUUAUGCAAAGUGACAGACAGUCUAGAAACGAGAAUAGAUCAAUUAGAAAGGAUAAAUAAACGACUAGCAAAAUUGAAAAGGGGUGAUAGUCUAAAGAGUUCCAGCACAGUAUCUAGUAUAUCAGGCAAUAAAUAUUCAUCAUCUAUUAAUAAUAAGUCAUCUUUGCACGGAAAGACAAAAAGACUCGAAAGAGAGGAAGAACUUCUUUGCAGUAAUAAAUUUAUUCAAAUUAUUAUUGUUAUACUUAUUCUCAUCAUGGCAUUUUGUCUAGUUGCAAUGGCAACAUUAUAUUUCUUAGAAUAUCAAAAACGUAGUAGCGUUGAAUGGUCUGCCAUGGCAAGCAAUGGCAUGUUAGCUAUUGGUCCAGCUCAUCCACCGACAAUGUCCACUACUUCUAAUUAUGAGCAUCGAUAUAAUUCAUUGUUACAUAGCACGUUAUCUCCUUUCUAUACUAAGCAAGGGCCUUACACAAGGGAAUUAGAUGGAGGAUUAUCUAUCAAAAGUAAUUCCCUUACUACGCCACCUCCACAUACAAAACAACAAUUGUACUCUCAGGAAAUAACAUGGUAUCCUAUGAGCCAUCCGGGUCCCCAACCUAAACAUGAAAAAAAUAAUGAAUUUCCGGGAAAUUGGCUUAGUAGAAAUGGUGCAGGUGUUGUUCCUAGCAAUGUGGAUGAAAACGAUCAAAGCUCAGAUGUAGAUUCUUCAUCUGCUAAUAAAGGUCCAAAUCCUUUAGGAAAACCUGAAGAAUGCUCUGCUCAUUUUACUGAGCUCGAAAGUCCAUGUCAGGUAUAUUGUUGCACAGCUGAGAUUCAUCAAUUAGAAGAUUCUCAGCCUGAUCAUCCACCAGAAAAGAAGUCCAUUUCAGAUCAUUUGGAACAGCCACUAAGUAUGCCGCAUGAAGAAAAACGAAAAUUAAGUAAAGGUUUCCAAAAUGGUAUUAGUCCAUCUGAUCCCAAUACUCAAACUCUCGUAAAAGAGACCAAUUACAAGUAUUUGCAUAAACGAGCAAAACGAGAAACCGGUGGAGAUUGGGGAGAAGUCGCUAGCAACGCUGCAGGAUCAUUGCCACCAGAACCUAGACCACAAUUAUUUGUAGUAGCAAAAAAUUUCAAUACGUCUUUAGAUCAAAGAUAUUGCUCUCCAUCAUCACCAGAUACACCCAACAACAUUAGUUGCAUUGUGCCUUUAUCGAAACAUAUGCCAGAUACGCAUUUAACAUUACAUUUUGUCGGUAUGCCAUGGUAUUGGCAAAUUGUGCAACAAUGUCCCUUUUCACCAAACUCUGGUAUAGACGAAGCAAUGGUGUGUGGUUGGAGUUAUACUAUGCAACAACCUCAGUAUAUUGAAAGUAAUAAUCAACCAGGUGAUCAAUCCUUUCCACUCGAUGUUGCGCAUUAUCUUAGGAAAACUUUAAAGUUUCGAAUACCUACGAUGCAACCUCAAGAGAAUAUUUGCAAAAGUAAGCAUGAUGUCGACUAUUUGGAGUUUACAUUGCACUUUUAUCGAGACUGCGAAGAACAAUGAAUAAUCUCUCCUUGUAUAGCAUACUUUAUAAGAAACUUCAGAAAUUUCCAAUUAUCUAACAAAAGUUAGAUUUCUCCACUCUAUAUGAAGCCUUUGUGCCUUUAUAAUCUGUCCUCUGCUUUCGUAGUUUACAGUACUCUUGUAUUUUAUAUAUCGCAUAUUACAAUUAUAUUAUUUACUAAUAUAAACACAAAGUAUACAUAA